CCGUGAGCCUCAGCGCGUGCGCCCGGGGGCCGCGUGGCCACAUAAACAUGGCAGGGGCAGCCUCACGCCGCCGGCGCUGGGGGUAGGCACGCAGCCGGCUCGGGCAGGGCAGGGCAGGGCAGGGCAGGGCAGGGCAGGGCAGGGCAGGGCGCCGCCGGAGCCGGAGCCGGAGCCGGAGCAUGACGCCCGCCCGCUGCUGACUGGAGGCCGGGCCGGGUCGGCCCCACGUGUGUGCUGCCGCGGAGCCGGCAGGGCAUGGAUGCCCAUGUGGUUUGGCAGCUGCAGCGCUGCCCGCCGCGCCGCCUCUCUCCUCCUCCUCCAUGAGCACCACGGUGCGGGUCAUGCCCGCGGGCGCCCCGGAGCCGGCGGCCGCCGCGAGCGGGGGGCCGUGCUCGCAGCCCGCCCCUGGCACGGCUCCCCUGGGCGGCCCGGCGGGGGCCCCGAGCGGCGCGGCCGCCCCGGUUCCCGGCAGCGCCGUGCCCGCCGCUUCCCCGCAGCCCCGCCUGGUGCCGGCGCCCGCGGGCGCGCUGGUGGCCGCCGUGCCGGCCACCCAGCCGCCCGCCGCCGGCCCCAAGCCACCCGCCGCACAGGUCGUGGCGCCCAAAGCCCCGCAGACCACCACCAUCCAGCUCCCCGCCAACUUUCAGAUCCCACCAGGAACAGUUCUCAUCAGAAGUAGCAAUGGUCAGCUGAUGUUAGUAUCUCAACAAGCAAUAGCUCGAGCACAGAGCCAGACGCAAAAUAAUACAAGUGCAAGACCAUCGAUACCUACAAGCACACCUGCAGUCAGAAUAUGUACUGUACAGAAUCCUGGCACCCAGUUACUAAAAAAAGUCAUAGCAACUCCUGUGAAAACGGUAUUGCAAACCACAAAUUCUGUGACCUCUACUGUUCAGAGACCUGCUGUAGUACAACCAGCAGCUGUAACUGCCAGUGCUACUACUAUUACUGUUGUGAAGCCUUCAACUACUGGAGCAUCUGUAAAGCCUCCAAUUACAGGACUGCCUGCACAACCUAUUUCCCAAAAGGCUGCCUCUGUCAAAGCAGAGAGCAUAAUGGUAGCACAGGCCAAUCCUUCUACGGAAAUGUUAGAGAAUGUGAAGAAAUGCAAGAAUUUUCUUGCAACAUUAAUAAAGCUGGCAUCCAGUGGAACUCAAGCCCCAGAAAUGGGACAGAAUGUGAAGAAUCUGGUACAAAAUCUGUUGGAAGCCAAAAUUGAACCAGAAGAAUUUACAAAAAAACUAUACAUAGAACUCAAGUCUUCUCCACAACCAUACCUGGUCCCUUUCCUCAAGAAAAGUCUGCUUGCCUUACGGCAGCUGAUGCCCAAUGCUCAGAGCUUUAUCCAGCAGUGCAUGCAGCAGCAGUCUCCAACCCAAGAAGCUGUGUCUACCCAGAUCUCUUCAGCAACAACUUCCACUGUUCCAGUGACAACAUCAGCUGUGGUAAUGACCUGUCCUCAGCCCACAAAAUCAGUCCUUUCCUCCACAGUGGUCACAGCCUCUCAAGCUGUAAAACCAGUUCUUUCCACUGCAGUGGUGAGGACACCACCAACAACUUCACUCCAGACUGCGAAACCAGUCCUUGCUUCUGUCCCAGUGACAGCCACUCUUCAGCCUGCAAAUCCAGUUUUCACCUCUACAGUAGGAACCACACCACUCACAACUAUCAAUGUUGUGAAGCCAGUCUUUACCUCUUCAGUCGCAACGAACUCGCUUCAGACUGUGAAGCCAACUUUAGUAUCAGCGUUGAAGCCGGUCUUGGCCUCUACAGCAACAACCUCUCUUCAGUCUGUGAAGCCAGUCAUUGGGACUCCUAUUAGUAUUAAAAUUACACAACCCAACUCUCUUCUUGCUCAUUCAGGCAGUACUCAGCAGGCAAUUAAAGUGAAACAGCUGCUAGUACAACAGACAUCAGGAGGCAUGGGAAAACCAGUGGCCACCCUUCCACAAACCUCUUUGCUGACUCUUCAAACACCUGCUAAUAAAAGGAUGCCAUUAAACACACUGAUUCAGUCUAACCAGUUUCCUGCAGGUUCCAUUGUGAAACAAAUCACCCUGCCAGGAAAUAAAAUUCUGUCGCUUCAAGCAUCUCCUGUUCAGAAAAAUAAAAUAAAAGAGAAUGGAACAACAUCCUUCAGAGAUGAAGAUGAUAUCAAUGAUGUAACUUCUAUGGCUGGGGUCAACCUUAAUGAGGAGAAUGCAUGCAUCUUGGCAACAAAUUCUGAACUAGUUGGUACGGUGAUCCGAUCUUGUGCAGACAAUCCAUUCCUCUCCUCAGAGGUGCUGCAAAAGAAAAUUUUAAACAUAGGUAAAAGGCAUGACAUUAUGGAACUUAACUCUGAUGUUGUGAACUUGAUCUCCCAUGCUACACAGGAGAGAUUACGAGGGCUCCUAGAAAAACUGACUGUAAUUGCUCAGCAUCGAGUGACAAACCAUAAGGAGAACAGUAAGUACAUAGUGACCAGUGACACCAGAGCACAGCUUAGGUUUCUUGAGAAGCUGGAUCACAUGGAAAAACGGAGAAAGGAUGAAGAGGAACGAGAAAUGUUGUUACGAGCAGCAAAGAGUCGCUCCAAUAAAGAAGAUCCAGAGCAGCUGCGAUUAAAACAGAAAGCUAAAGAGAUGCAACAGUUGGAGCUGGCACAGAUGCAACAGAGAGAAGCCAACCUCACGGCCUUGGCAGCCAUUGGACCAAGGAAGAAGAGACCACUGGAUUCAAACAUUGCAUCUGGGCUGGAGUUUUGCUUCCCCCCCCGGAUUGGAGUUUCUUGAUGGUUGUAAAUGUUCCCAGUUGUAAGCCGGUCAGUCCUACAUUCUUACACCAUUUUGCUCUGGAAAACCUUAACUUUCUUUGAAUUCUGCAUUAUGAAAGAAUUUAAAGAUGAGUCGCAUGAAGCUGAUAGAUGCAUUGACAUAAAUGUGUGAUCCGCUAUUAGAAUCAUUUUUUCUCUUACCACUCCAUUAUCUUCAUACGUUGUUUUAUAUUUGAAUUAUAUUGCUAUCUCUUGUAGACGGGGACCUGCCCUUUUUUUGUUUGUUCCGUUCUAGUAUCCAGUAAACUGUAUGCUGUCAUAACUAUUGAUGUAUGCCUGUCCCUGGAUUUCAGAGGGUUACAAUGAAAAUCAGUGAAGACUAUGAAACAAAGAUAUGGCUAGUGUUCUGGGGCUAGAAUCUAAUACCAAUACAAUGAGAAUUAUUUUUCAUCUCUUGUUUGUGGCUCUUGUUGAAGUAGCUUGUUUUCCCUUUAUCUUGUCUGAACAAUGAAGGCCAGUAAUCAAAAUGAGUAAUUUGGGAAAGCCCUCUUGAAUAUCCAGUUACAAAAAUGCAUGCUGUUUGGUUCAAUUUUCAUUCCAAAGUAACCAAAAAAACCCACACAUCUUUUCAGUUGUGCCCUUCUAUUUUACCAUAACUAUAUUUUCUGAUUCUAGACCCUAGGUGGAGUUGGAGUUCUGUUAGAGUAGCCAUAAUAAUAGUCCAGGAAAUGUGAGAUUUUGGGGGUGAUAACUUUUUUUUCUUGGAUCAACUGUAUAAUUGGAGAAGAUGUUAGACAAACUGUUGGGCACAUAGGGUGCCUAUGCACAUACAGUGAGGCUGCUCUGAUGUGCAGUAAUUACAACGCUGCAGCAGAUUCCAGCAUCAUGUAUCAGCGCAGGACACUGCACAUGAUGCUCCAGCACUUUAAUUAGAGCAGCUCUUGGAGCUGCUCUAAUUAAAGCUUCCCCCCAUCCCCACUCCCGAAGCAUGUCUAUAAACACACUUGAUGCUCUUUAGGCAGGAGAAGUUGGCUAUACUUUUGGUCCAAUACAAGAUAUUCUCCAAAAAAUCCAUGAUUCCCAACUGUGGGCAUUGGGAUACAAUAGGUGGAGCAGUCCUCGGGACUUUAACUCUUUAGGUUUUUUGUCUCGCAUCCCAAAAAUGGAGAAAUUUUACUGAAUUGGAGGAUAAGCAGACUUUAUAAACUUCCUUGCCAUAUAUUUUUAAUUCUCAAUAAAAGAGGAAAAACACAUUUUUACCUUUGUAAAGAAAACCAGAAUCCUCUGAGCUUUUGUUUUUACUUUUUCAAAUUUAACCAUCUCUUAAUGAGAUUUCCCACAUAUGGGCAUGAACAUAACUCAUGAACUUGAACAUAAAAUGUAAAGAUACAACCAUAUUUAAUUGCUGGCUCAAUACAAAAUGAGGACUGGCUUGUGCUUGCAUAUCUGUAGGAUAUACCUAACUUCCAUGCUGAUUAGAGUGCUGAGCAUUAGCAUAUCCAAAGCAGCUUAAGUUGCAAAAAGUGAAACUGGAAAGCAAUUGCUUUAAAUCGAGGCUGGGCAAAAUGGCAGAUCCAGCUGGUAGCCUGACUCCAUUUCCCAACCAGUCUGCAGAACCCUGCGCUGUCAUAAUCCUGGGGGCAGCGAGGCCUCCAUGGAGACCAGCAUGCAGGCAGGGGCUGCUGGGAAAUGGUGUGUGCCACAGGCCAGACUUUGCCCACCCUUGCUUUAAUUCAUAACUGGGCUACUUGUGUACAGAUAGGCAUUCAGAGGAAAUGAAUCCAUUUGACUCACUCGAGUACUUUACCUUCCACAUUUAGGGUUUGUUGGCAUGCAUAUUAUUGAUAUAUUUUUGCUUGCAUUUCACAAGUGUAAACUCUUUAAAGUGCUGUGCCUCCUCUAAAUCAUCAGACAAUGAAAGAGUUAACAGACCAGUGGUGCCUCAGCUGAACAGGAGAGUUGCAGUACAUCACAUUCAUGAAAAUGAGACCUGAUUUUUUUUUUUUUUAAUCUGCUGCAAGACCCCAGCACACCUGUGUCAGAUACAGAUGGAGUUUCUGUUUCAGCUGUGAAUAUCCUGGCAGUUGUCAGUUCAGGCCAUCCUCCUGACAUAAAAAAUUUCCAUGUAAAUAGGCUAAAAUAUUCUAGACUGCCAUUCAUGUAUCUGAGAAAUGCAACUCCCUGGCCCAUGUAGGGCUUUCUAUGUACAGAGAUUAACUUAAUUCUUUUUUUGUGUGAAAGAUAUCUGCAAUUUAAAUGACUAAUUGCACUGUAGCUUUAGGCUGAACAUAUUGGUAACACAUAAAUGUUGAUGACAUGUGAAGGGUCAAGAGAUUUAUAAUUUAGUUGACAAUAUAUUGCUUAAAAUGAUGUGGCAAAGAGCCAGAAAAUUUCAGCUUAAUAAUUGUCUAUUAACUAACAUGACAUAUUUGUACAGUAGUCAUUACCUCCAGGUACAGAUUAAGCAUCUGAUGUAGCCAUAGAAAGUGACGUGUGUACAUGAAUCUUGGGCAUAAUAGUGAAUAAACUGACAUUACAUUUGCUGUAAUUUGUUUCAAUAUGUAAAACAUGUUGUUGCCUACAUUUGAUAGGACUUGUAGAAAUGUCACCAUGAAAUUGAAAGAAAAAUAUGUAGCUGAAUAUUCUGUUUCAUAGAUCUGACAGCUUAGUGAAGCUCCUUUGUAGACUGAAGAUAACAUCAUAAAUGUACACGUUUGUUUUUCAGCUGCAAAAAAACAGCCGGAGAUCUAAGCCUUUCAGACCUAGCUUGAUCUACCUUUUAUAGUUUAUAAGUUUUUUAACAGAUUUGUCUUUAAAAAUUGACUUAUUUUUGUUGCACCCAGUUUUUAAGAAUUGUAGCUUUGUAGUCAGUACUGUGGAUACAGGAUUACAACUAAAGACUGACGUUUGCCAAAGUAGGGCUUCUUAGCAUUGCUUUAGUCUGGUUUGUCGCUAAAGAAGCUAUAAAUAUUUUUCACUAAAUGCCCUUUGCUUUUUAUGGGCUAAACUAUAUCCUGAUCGCUUCUGUGAAAACUUUGGGGUUUUUUUCAGUCUAGCCCACUUGAUUGAUUGGUGUUUUUGUUUUCUAUUUUUUUAAACUCAAAGGCAAAGUAUUUCUCCUUUUACCUUUCUGAUGCUUAACUAUUUGCAGCACACCUCCCAUCCUUGAUGAUGUAGUGAAGAGGCUUGUGAGUUACCAGUGACCUUGAGAGCAAUUCCAGCUGGAGUUCUGUACUCAUGGCAAAGUAAAGCGAAGCUUGCAGACUAAUAGCCAUUCAAAAAUGAAAAUAAGUUCUCAGUGGCAGAACAGGUAGAUGAAGCAAGAAUACUUAAUAAUGACUGCAAAGGCAGAUGAAGGCUGCAAUAGAUUAGAAACUUCCAGAUGUCUAAGUUUUGUUUUUUGGGUUUUUUUGUUUUUUCUUGACAUCAGAUUAAGGUUUCCUUCCUGUGAAGUAGUGCGGGGAUGUUGUUGUGCAGCAACAACAUAUUAAAAGAAGACAUGCACAGGCCUCUUCCAUCACUGUAGGUCUGCUGUUGUAGGGUUAAUGGCAACUGGGGCAGUUGCUAGUGAUUUACCGGAAGCCUUUAGUCACGGACUUGCACAAAGGCAAUGAUUGUACAAUGAUAGAUUUUGUACUUGGAACUGAGACAGGUGUGCAAUUUGGCAGCUGGAUAGAUCUAUUUAGGAUCCAUUCUGUCACCCUGUAUGGGGAGCAGGCUAGAAAAAGUGCCAUAAACGUAGUCUGUCUCAUUUCACCUGACUGGAAAACCACAUCCAGUGGGAGCACUCUAUCUACAGUCCAAAGCAAGUGAUGAAGUUUGUAAUUUGGACUAUCCUCACCCUUAUGGACAACCCUAACAGUGACCAACUGGAGCAAAGGACAGCACUUGUGGCCAGAGAACUUACAUAAUUUAAUACUGACAUUGCUUCACUUAGUGAGGCCAGACAUACUGGAGAGGGGCAGUUCAUAGAGCAUGGUCGUGGCUGCACCGUCUUUCAGAAAGGAAAAGAUUAAAAGGACAAAGACAUUCAUGGUAUUGGUUUUGCUAUCAAGACCAAGUUGCACCACUGCUUUCCUCACACUCAUCUCUGUAGCUACUGAGCACUUCGCAGUUUGUUUAUUACAUUUUACAUUACAUUACAAUAGUUUUAUUGAAAACUCUCAUGCCUCUGAUUUUGCUGUACAAUAAUUCACAACAGAAUUAGUAAAUAUACAUAAGUCUAAAGACUCUUAGAGCAUACAUGCUUAUGCUUUAUAAUAUCCCUGUUCCCCACUCACAUUUGGAGUAAAAAUUCUUGCCUUCAGGAUUUGAGCAAGCAAAUUCUUCACUUUUUAGAAAAGCAAAUUGAGCUUUCACACAGUUAUAACAAAUUGUUCAAAAUUUAAUCUUAUGAGCCGUUUAUAUUUAAACCUGCAUAGGAAUAUUUAUUCUGCCUUGAGCAGUUCACCUGGGGCCUGACCCAAAAACUCUCUGGUAUCAGUGGGAAGAUUUCUUUUGUCUUCAGUCGGCAUUGGAUCUGGGUCUACGUGUGUCAGCAUUGCUCAGGCCUAUGUUUUUACCACUGCUUAGAAGCAUAUGAUCUACAACUCUGUAAUAAUAAUAAUAUAAGUAUAUAAACAUUACUAUAUUAAUUUUAUAAUAAUUGCUACUCUUCUUUCUCAAAAGAGGGGAAUUUUUCUUAUGCAUCUUAAGUAUUGAAUGAUUGAUUCAACAAAUUCUGAAAGCUUUGGAGACUUUUAACCUAUACUUCAGAUCUCCAGUCUCUGACUGACCCAGGUCAAGAAAAACUUUAGAUCCCUAAUAUCUUGUGGAAAUUGCUGUUGUCUUUACUGUAUACCAAAGUCAGCAUAGCAACCAUACUCAUGGCUUCUGGUUUUAUUACAUGGUAUAUUAGAUGAAAUUCAGUGAUAUGUAGAGGACUCUUAGUCCUACGAAAAGAAGGGGUAGAAAAAUGCUGUCUCUUGGAAAUCGUAAGAGUAUAUCCACACUUCAGUUCAGCAGUAUGUUUUGCAGUUUUAGAUGUGCAUGAGCUGGUUUUAAAGUAAUUAUCUUGGAUACUAAUAGAUGCAAUUAUCAGCAACAUGAAGUUCAGUCAGGCCUAGCUGCCGGAGUAAUUUAGCCAGGGUCCUGGGCAGUUUGUUGCCUGCACAGAACCCUGUGCUACUGGCAGCUAUGCUCUUAUCACUAUCCAGGCUAGUUGCUUAUGUCACUCUUGGCUGGGUGUGUGUGUGUACGUGCGCACACAUACACACGUGUGUGUGUGUGUGUGUGUGUGUGUGUGUGUGUAUGAAUGUUGUUGUGCUCUUUCUAAUAUGAGAGAACCAAACAGAGUCCACACCUUAAGAACUUAAUUUAAAAGCUCUUUAAAUAAUUCUUCUUUUUUUUUAAAUAACCUGUUGUAAUCCUAUUUUCUGCUCCACAGGAGUUUCUCUAGAACAGGGGUGGGCAAAAUACGGUCUGUGGGCCAGAUUCUGCCUGUGAGCCCAUUCUAUUGCCCGUGGGGCCCCUAAAAAAUUUAGAAAAUUAAUGUUCAUCUGCCCUUGGUUCCUGUCAAAAUGACAAGAACCAAGGCCAGUAGGACCCAGAGGAAGCCCAGCGGGCUCCCACAACAGUAGGGCCUGCCCGGCCCUGCCCCCCCAGCUAGGGCUUCUGGCCUGGGACCACAUGGCUGCCCCAUGCCAGAACCGCAGAGAAAUGGGGAGAGGGCAGGGGAGGAUCCUGGGCAGGGAAGGAGCCUGGGGAAAAGUGGCCCGGGGAAAAGCUGAGCAUGGGUGGGGGGGAAGCGGCUCUUCACCCACCCUGUGGCUGGCGCCCCACACUGCAGCUGCUCGCAGCCCACAUGGGGCUGCCUGUGC